AAGUCGGAUUUUAUCAGAAGUAGUUGUGACUUUUACGUUCCUUAUUUAUAUUACUACUACUACUACUACUACUACUACUACUACUACUACUAACAGUGUUGAUUCUUAUUCGUGUCAUUUGGUAUUACAAUCAAACUUCAAACACCGUAUUUUCUGUAUCUAAUCAAACCUGGAAAUAUUACAGCAGUCGUUCAUUCAUCUUUUACUAAUCCAUGUUCAUUUACAACAAUGUUUUUUUUAUUAUUAUUAUUAUUUUUAUUAUUAUUAUUAUUUUAUUUUUUUUGAUGAAAUGCAGUUGGUGCUUCCUCACAGCGCCUCUAUGCGGCUAGAUGUAACGUAUGUUUCAGUUUCGCGUAUGAGAGUGAGUAAGAGCGCUGCUCCUCUGUCAAUAAGCUCUAUGGCCUCUCUCAGUGAUCAGCUGGAGGAGCUGAGGGUGAAUGCGGAAGCCAGCUUGUCUACCCCAGGUUCUGCCCAGGAGACCAGGGCACAGGUGGCAGCCAUGGCCGACAUCCCCCUCCCGCCCUCCAGCAAAUAUCGCUACAUUGCUGCUGAAAGCAUGCUGACGGAGAACAGUAGUGGGCAUAACAUGAAGGAGACCCUUAGCCUGCUGCAGAAACUUUCCACUGCUCUUAACAUCUUGGAGAAGUAUGGCUCAAAUCUUACCAAUCCCAACAGGCCGAAGUACUGGCGUACAGUAAAGUACAACAACCCAGUCUUCAGGACCACUGUAGACUCAAUUCAGGGUGGCAGAGCAGUACUCAACCUGUACGGCUACACCAAUCAGCAGCAAGAUGGCUUGAGCUUUCCUGAUGAUGUUGUCCAGCCGGAUGUUGGCAAUGUGGCGUCUGUGACUCUUGAGGUCAUGUGCCUCCGAAUGGAGCUGGACAUGCUAAUCAAGGGUACCCAUCCUCAUCCAGAGUUUUUUGAAAGACUUAUUCCCUCCCUCACUGUGCAGGAUGAGGAAAUCUGCACAGAUUCAGCUCCCUUCUCUCCUAGUGAAAGACCAUGGGAAAAACAAUCUCUCUCACCUGCAUCGACUCCUUCUCAGCCUAAAUCUCCUUUCAGUCCAGCGCUCUCUCUUUCUUCUCUAGUGCCCUCUAAACACACAGAGAACUGCACCAUAUGUGGUAUCUUUGCGGUGUCUGCUCACUGUCCCACCUGUACUCAGCGGCUGUGCACAGAAUGUGACCAGCUGUAUCACUCCCAUUCAGGACGUUCCACACACAUUAGGAUUCCUGUGACUUCCUCAAAAGCCACGAAACGGCUCAGCUCCUCAUUGUCAACAUGGCAGUGUUCGUACUGCACUACAGUAAAUACAAUGCAGCAGGUUUUGUGUGAAACCUGUGAACGACCCCGGUUGUCAUCUGCUGCUCCGUCUCUACAGGAAGAGCAAUCACAGCCCUCUACAAUAUCUGAGUGGCAAUGUAAAAGCUGCACUGUGGUGAAUGCAGGCAGCAGCAUUCUGUGCGAGGUGUGUGAGCGCCCUCGUCUGGCCACCAGACCCCCUGUCGCACCCUCACGCCCGACCCCCACUGCUGCAGGACUAAUGGACAGCCAGUGGGUUUGCCAGGUUUGUACGUACGUCAACAAAACACCAUCACCUGCAUGCGAAAUGUGUUUUUCGAGAUCAGAGCCUGCUCAAUCACCCUCUAAGCCCCUCUCACCAGUCAAGGACAUCACACCGCUUCCAGCCCCACCUAAAGUCAUUCCUACUGAGGACCCUGAUUUGAAAAGGCAAAGAUUGAUGAGGGAAGAAGGGCUUAAACUCAUCCAGCUCAUUCGUGAGGGAGAGAAGAAAGGAGUGAGCCCGGAGGAGGUUUACACCAGCAUGUGUGUGUCGGGAAACAGUAAUGUAAUGCCGUAUGACUGGCUGAAAGCAGAGCUACCUCAUGUGCUUGAUGAGAUCUGUGUGAUGGCUGCAUCCUGUCAGCAAGAACCCAACGCACAAUCGAACUGUUCAGGGGGGAACAAUGGCCAGGAUGGACAAAAGAGCAAUGCUGUGCCCCUGUCCAGAGCAGAAGCCAAACGGGCCUGGCUGGCAGCAGGGGGAGAUAAUGAGAAGGCUGUCAGGCAGGCUCUCAGACACCGUAGAGUUAAAGUAAAAGAGCUUGGCUCUCUGGGAUUUAAUGAUGUGACCCGCUGUGAAGAAGCCCUGCGGCAGAGUGGAGGGGAUGUGAGGGGGGCUCUUGUUCAGCUGCAGCGCCCUUUACUGGAGCCAUUCCAUCAGCGCAUGUGGAGCGAUGAACCAGAGCCCCCUAUCGACAUCAACCAUCCAGAUAAACAGCAUGUUUGCCGUAGGCUGCUGGCAGUGUUUGAUCUGCCCAGCUGGGGGCGCUGUGAGCUGGUUCUGUCAUUGCUGCAGGACCCUACAGCCACAUACACACUGGAGGAUGUGGUUCAGGCCGUGCGUGAAUCACCUGACCGGGACUUCAUUCGCCGUGUGCUGAAUAAGGAUUGCCCCAUCUGCCUGUCAGUUUUUCCCCACAGCAAGAUGCGGUCUUUGACAUCAUGCCAGUGCUCCGUGUGCUGUGGAUGUUUCAAGCAGCAUUUCACCAUAGCGGUGAGGGACAAGCACAUCAGAGACAUGGUGUGUCCUGUCUGCACAGAGCCUGACAUCAAUGACCCUGAGCACCUGAACAGCUACUUUUCCACUCUGGACAUACAGUUAAGGGAUUGUCUUGAACCGGAUGUGUACGAUCUUUUCCACAAGAAGCUGACUGAGCAGGCUCUAAUCAAGGACCCAAAGUUCCUCUGGUGCAGCCAUUGCUCCUAUGGCUUCAUCUAUGAUGGCGAUCAACUCAAGGUCACCUGUAUGCAGUGCAGGAAAAGCUUCUGUGCUCAAUGCAAAAAAACGUGGGAAGCGCAGCAUUUGGGGCUCUCGUGUGAGCAGUUCCAGCAGUGGAAGCGAGAGAAUGACCCCGAGUACCAAAAGCAGGGUUUGGCCGGGUAUCUUCGUGACAAUGGGAUCACUUGCCCUAACUGCAGGUUCCAGUAUGCUCUGGCCAAGGGCGGCUGUAUGCACUUCAGUUGUUCUCAGUGCAGGUAUCAGUUCUGCAGUGGAUGUAACAACCCCUUCCACACAACGUGUGCAGUGAACCAGUGUACUGUGACAGGUCUGCAUGCCCAUCACCCCAGAGACUGCCUCUUCUACCUCCGAGACUGGGAGCCUGCCAGGCUUCAGGCCUUACUGCAGAAAAAGGGGGUGAACUACAAUACUGACACCGCACCAGGAGCACAGACUGGUGUGUGCGGAGUGAGCGAGCAGAAAGACGAAGGGACUCGUCAAACCGAUUCGCCAUGUGGGGCUCAGACUCAGCCGGGCCAGGCGGGACUCUGCGAGAAGCAUUAUCGAGAGUACCUGGUCAGCCUCAUUAAUGGGCAUUCUAUUGACCCCGCACCCCUUUACGAUCUCGAUGAGCUGACUGUGGCCUGCAGGAGAUACCAUGUUGAUGUCAGACAGGGGGAUGGAGAAGACGAGAGAGCAUACUUUGCCAGACUGCUUAAGAAACUCAUGGAUGACGUGCCUCUGGGUGACAAGGUCCCUCGCAAGAAGUGAAAUCUUUUCUUUCUUUUUUUUUUUUCUUUUCUUCAGUGAUCAUUUAACCUGUACUAUUUUAUUUGUAGCUCUACUUUAUGAUAUGAGCUGUGAGGUCAACAGAAUGUUAAACAGUGCUUCCCUGUUCUCGAUGUGAUGUAGUUGCACUCAUUUGCACAAUGCACACACUGGUGUAAGUUUUCCUUUUCCUCUAAGGUUUUGUGAUUUGACAAUUGUUGCUUUUUAAUCAUGCUUUGAUUUUAAUCUCCCUCAAAUAGCAUUAUAGCUGUGACUUGAUUUAACAAAAUAACACACUUUGACCGCUAUAAUGAAACCAGUUCUGGUGUCAGUGAAUACAUAUAGUCAAGUUUUUCAUUAAUUCAGUUUUAAAUUUAAGCACCAGAAGUUUAAAACAACAGCAUUUUAAAUGGAUUUUAUGGGUUAUCCUUUCAGUUGAUUGUACUUUAAUCUAAUCAUACUCUGCAGAAUGAAAUGUGUCAAAUGACAUACAAUCAAAGUUAUAAUGGCAUGAUGUUUUAAAUGUGUAUGUAAAUGUAUAUAUAAAUAAGAUUAAACAUAAUUUAUAAAA